AUAGCAACGAUAAUCUUCCGGUUGAUGGUGUUUGAAGUUUCCCAUUUGGCUUCUCUGUAAUGGAAAAGGCUCGUUUGCGAGUAACAACUGUAGCUAGCUAUGCUCGUUUGUUUAGCCCAGCCAACGUUAGCUAUCAAUAAUAAUAAGGAAGCCCUUUGCGACAAUUGCAAUGUUUAUACUCCACUGUAUGAUAUAAGGAAUUAUUGAAACCCACUGUUUGUUGGUAGCUACAUCAUGGGAGCCUACUUGUCGCAACCCAACACAGUGAAGUCCUCUUCCAAUGGUGGAAACCAAAAGAUGAGCUUCGGCUUUGCAGCCAUGCAGGGCUGGCGUGUCUCUAUGGAGGAUGCUCACAACUGCAUUUUAGAACUGGAUGAUGAAACGGCCAUGUUUUCUGUGUAUGAUGGACAUGGAGGUGAGGAAGUUGCAUUGUACUGUUCCAAGUACCUACCUGAUACCAUUAAAGAACAAAAGGCUUACAAAGAUGGCAAACUGCAAAAGGCUUUGGAGGAUGCAUUUCUGGCAAUCGAUAGCAGGGUGACCACAGAGGAAGUGAUCAAAGAGCUUGUUCAGAUCGCUGGCCGCCCACAAGAGGAAGCACCAAAUGAAAAAGUUGCUGAAGAAGAUGAUUUGGACAAUGAGGAGGCAGAACUUUUGCAUGAGGAGGCCACCUUGACCAUUGAAGAGCUGCUCGUUCGCUACGGACAGAACCGCAAUGCACUCAAACACAAGAAGCUCUGUCCGGAGGGCAACAAAGAGUCUGGGGAAGGUGAACCACAUUCCUAUGGGGAGAAGGGCAUCAAUGGAGAAGUGGAGGGUGAGAUGGACAGCAAUGGGAAGGCCAAGGCUGGUGGUGGUGCAGGAUUCUCCAAGCUGCGGGCCUGCAGGAGAGCAGGAGCGGACAGCUCUUCAGCGACAGGAGCAGCAGGGUCCUGUGAAGGAGAGAAGGACACCGGGCCUUCUUGCUCUUCGUCAGCGGCCCCGGCUCCGGGAGAUACCAGCUCCAAGUUCUUUGAGGACAGUGACGAGUCGGGGGAAGAGGAAGAUGGGGGAAGUGAAGAGGAGGAUGGCAGUGAGGAAGGUGAAAGCAGUGAUGAUGAAGAGGAAGACACUGAAGAGGGCGAGGAUGAGGAGGAAGAGAUGUGCUACCCCGGAAUGGAUGGAAAAGAAGAGCCUGGCUCAGACAGUGGCACUACAGCGGUGGUGGCUCUGAUCAGAGGGAAACAGCUGAUUGUAGCAAACGCCGGGGACUCCCGCUGUGUGGUGUCUGAGAAGGGCAAGGCCAUAGACAUGUCCUACGACCACAAGCCAGAGGAUGAGCUGGAGCUGGCCAGGAUAAAGAAUGCUGGGGGAAAGGUCACCAUGGACGGCCGCGUCAACGGAGGACUCAACCUCUCCAGGGCCAUCGGUGAUCACUUUUACAAACGAAACAAGGCCCUUGGCCCAGAGGAGCAGAUGAUCUCCUCAAUGCCUGACGUCAAAGUGCUCACCCUCAACCCGGAGCAUGACUUCAUGGUCAUUGCAUGCGACGGAAUCUGGAACGUCAUGAGCAGUCAGGAUGUUGUGGACUUUGUCAGUCAGAAAAUAAAGCCUGGUGCCAGUGGCGUUGCCAGGCCUCUGUCCUCCAUAGUUGAAGAGCUACUUGACCAUUGCCUUGCACCUGAUACGUCUGGAGAUGGUACAGGCUGUGACAACAUGACCUGCAUCAUCAUCACGUUCGGCGCUCACCCUGGCAACAGCAUGGCCGACAUCACCAAUAAGAGAAAGCCUGAAGAGAUUAUCCCAGAGAAGAACGGGAAUGACAGCAAGAAGUCAAAAAGCGAAUAGAACUGCCAACAAGUAGAAUAGCUCCAGUCCUUUUCACAAGCCAGGACUUUUUCUCUGGAAACUUUUAAAGACAGUGGUCUCUGGAAUAGGAUGAGUUUUAGUUAAUGUCCCAAGAUACAAGAAUAAACGGAAAAAAGAAAAACAUUUUCUUGGUGUGUAAUUGAUUUUGCUUGUCUGCCCCAUUGGAAAUGUGACUCCUAGUGUACUGUUUGUCACCACGCCCUUUAUGUAUAUACUUGUUAAUUGAAUAAAUGCAUUUUCUUUAAUUAUGGAUCAAUGUGACAUUUGGUGCAUACUUCUGACACCAUUGUAAUUACGAAUACAUUUUUAAAUGUGAUGAGUGACAUCUUGUCUACUUUGCCAGGACAAUCCCUGUUUGCAUUGGGCACUGUUGAGAAACUACUCAACAGUUAAAUAGAUUUAAACAUAUAAAAUGAUUAAAUUCAUGUAACAUUUUAUACUAGCUGUAUUUUAAUGAAUACAUUUUACAUUCCUUGCACUCACUGAUUCCCAGAACUUAGCCAACCUGCUGAGUUAAGGCCACUUGCUAUUUAAAUGUCUCUCAUACCUUGGUUUGCACAUCCUACCUUGGUUUCUCUAACUAUGCCUUGAAUUUUGCAUUACUCGAUUAUGGUCCAGGUUUAACAAAUGCUUUUGUUAGUAAACUAUUCAAGGGACACUUAAUCUGUUUUAUGCUGGACUAAAAGGUCCACUCAGUUAAAGGGAUACUAAAAUAUAUUUUAGUACAUAUUACUUUCAGAGAACAUUGUGAGUUCCACAUGAACAAUCACAUGAAUAUUUUUUUCCCUCCCUAAAUAAAGUUCACAAACCUGUCA